AUGUCAGAAUCCGUAAAAUCUAAUCUAAAAGUAAAACAUCAUCAAGAAAGGCACUGGUCCAAACAUCUUAAAUUGACUCAGACCCAAGAAGGUGAAAGUCAGGAGAAGGCAAUUGAAAUCCAAGAAACUCAAGAAGAUCAGGAGAGCGAUCAAGAGAAAGAAGCCCAGAAGGUGAAAGUAAAGAAGAUGAAAGUAUAG